CUUAACUUAUCUUAUCUUUCAAAAUACAACAAUGCUUGUUCUCAUCGCCGGAAUCACUGGCAACUUGGGCACUCGCCUGGCAAAAGCAGCAACCUCACGGGGUUUGCAGGUCCGAGGUUUGGGUCGUGAUCGCACGAAGCUUGAUGAGAAGAGGACUGGAAUUAUUGAAUCAUUCGUCACCUCUCAGACUUAUUAUGAUAUUCCUGCACUCGAGACAGCAGUUAAAGGCGUUGAUGCUGUUAUCUGCGCCUAUUCACCCACCGCUAUACUGGACUUGGAGGGCCACCUCCUUCUCUUCCGUGCCGCCGAACGCGCAGGCGUCACUAUCUUCCUCGCUUCGUCCUGGGGCCACCCUUUGGAUAAAAUAUCUUUUGGCGAGUAUGAACACUACGACACUCAUAUUGCAUUCAAACAACAGGUAGCAAUGACUAGCUCUGUAAAGCCGGUCUUCAUGAAUGUCGGAAUAUUCGCCGAUCUUCUAUACGGUCCUUUUGGCCCAGGUGGCUGGGACACGACCGGUCUAAAUCCCAUAAUUGAAUAUUGGGGGCAGGGAAACAAGCGGAAGAUCCAUUGGUCUGAGCUCAAUGACGUGGCUGAAUGGACGAUUGAUAUUCUGCAGAGCAAGGAUGUACAGGCGGGCAAGGGCGGCAUAUAUCAAAUGCAAUCCGGGGCUUCUACUCUUGAAGAGUUUGCAGCAACUUGGACGAAGGUGACUGGAGAGGAAGUUCACCUCGUCCACCGAGGCAGCUUGGAAGAUCUCGAGUCGUUGGUUUACACAGCGCCCAGAUAG